AUGAUUGUGAAAAUAAUUGGAAGAAAUGCCAUUAGAAUUGUAGCUCCUGCCAUCGAGGUCAGCAUAGCAGCGUGCGGUGCUCAGUCGUUGAGCAUUGUGGUAGCUGCAAUCUGGCUUUGGUCGCCAACUUGUGCCUCCGAUUUGGUGCUUUAUCGGAGUUCUGACGUUGGUGAUUUACUUGGUUGUUGGGUUGUUAGUGGUGAUGGUAGUAGAGAGAUAGUGGUAGUUGUGAUGAAGUGUUACAGUGAUAGUUAUGGUGGUAGAUCAAUGUCCAUAGGUGGUGAUGGUGGUGGUGUUUAUGUCAUGGUCACAUAUAACAUAGCAUAUGUCAAAGUGCAUAUGUCACAAGUCACAAAUUUAAGAGAUUUGGUUACAUACCCAAGAGAUUUGUUCACUGGAUAUUACAUCAGUUUGCCGUCGAGAAGACGUCACCAAUGGGAUGGAGGUCGGGGAAUGUCAACGACGAGUAGAUGCCGACAAGUAGAGUGGGGAUGGUUGGAGUGGGUAUGUAUUUCGUUGGCUACGUCUCCUUAUCAUUGGCUCCUGACCUGUUCGACAAAAUGCUCCAAAGAAAACAAUGCAGAUAACCAAGCCGGCUGCAUUACGACUUUGGGUGUCACCAUUCAUUUUAUAAUUGUCCACAACUGCAGGGAUCUAUAUACGUCAUAUUGCUAUGAUCCUUUGGAUCCAAAUGGAAAUAUUACUGUUACCUUUGACAUAAAGAAGUAUGCAAUUGAUGGCUAUGUGGCAAGAGUAACGAUCCAAAACUACCACCAGUAUCGUCAUGUAGAGAACCCAGGUUGGAAACUAGGAUGGACAUGGGUGAAGAACGAGGUCAUUUGGUCAAUGUCUGGUGCUUUUGCCGUCCAACAAGGAAACUGUUCGUCGUUCAAAUUCCAGGUACCACAUUCAUGCAAGAAAGAUCCUUUGAUAGUUGAUCUGAUGCCUGAUGCACUGCCCCAAAAAAGGACCGAUGGUUGCUGCAACGGCGGCAUCCUUGCUGCAUGGGCUAUUAACCCUUCGAUGUCAUAUUCAUCCUUUGAGGUUACUGUUGGCAAUUUGGAGCAGAAUACUACUGGGUACAAGCCUAAGAAUCUUACUCUGGUGGCUCCUGGACCUGGUUAUACUUGCAGCCAAGUAAUGGACAUAGAUCCCACAGUUUCUUCAGUGAUUGGGGGCAGAAGACAAGAGCAAGUUUUCAGAACAUGGAGAUCAACAUGCACAUACUCCAGUUUUUUGGCUAAAAAAACACCAGUUUGUUGUGUGUCACUCUCAACGUUUUACAACCCUACAAUCACAUCGUGCCCUUCAUGCAGCUGUGGCUGUAGAGUUGCUGAUGAGCUGACAACAUCAUGUGUUAGACAAGGUUCGUUCCCAUCAAAUUUGCUUGACACUGAGUUAGUUCAAUGCACCAAUCAUAUGUGCCCACUUCGUGUUCACUGGCAUAUUAAGAAAAAUUACGUGGAUCAUUGGAGAGCAAAACUGACAAUCUCUAAUUACAACUACGGGAAAAAUUACUCAGAUUGGAACGUUUUGGUUCAACAUCCCGGAUUUAGCCAGGCUGCCACUACUUAUAGCUUCAACAGUAAGGUGCUUCCAACUUCAGAAGAAGUUGCCCUCUUCUGGGGGAUUUUUUCGUACAACUCUGAACUCGUGCAAGCCGGUGAGAACCAACUGGGAUCAGUGAGUACAGAGAUACUUUUGGAAAAAGAUUCAAAAUCAUUUACACUGAGAAAUGGAUGGGCUUUUCCUAGAAAAAUAUAUUUCAAUGGUGAGAUUUGUCAAAUGCCACUUCCAGAUAACUUCCCAAUGCUACCAAAUUGUAGCCCCGGCACAAAGCCUUCUCGUUGCCAGUUUGUUCUUCUGACUGUGGUCUAUUUCACUUUACCACAUAUUUUUUCGACUUUGAUAUAAUCUUUUUCGUACUUUAUCCCUUUAUAUCGGUGUAGGAGAUUACAGACACCCGGGGUGGUGAGACCGAUGCCUUUUCCGAUCCACCUUCUGGAUUUGCUUAAGAGUUCGUUUGAAUGGAGAUUAAUGAUAGUUAUCCAGUUAUAAAGUUGCAUAAAAGGAAUUUGUAAAAGAAAACAGAUUGCAGAAAUGCAUUGUUGAUUGUACAAAAUACAUUUUUAUAUAUUGUAGAAAUUAUGAACA